AUGGCGGCUUCGAAAGAAAUUUCGUGGAGACGACGCUGGAAACCGAAUCUAAACUCCCAACCAUGGAAACACGUUUCCAUUUCUGGAAAAUCAUUUUUAUUGAAGUCCAUGUUUGUUGAGGUGGACUGCUCCUAUGAAUUAUGCUUGUGGGAUUUCAGCACUUUUUGGUACGAAAAAGUCGAGCAAGAUAAAUUUAGAGCUAGAGCUAAGGAACUUAAUCCAAAUGUUGAAGCAAAACUCUCAUUUUUGCUGAAGUUUGUGGAGAAAAAUAUUGUGAAACCCAAUGAAAAGGAAGAAACAUUACUUAUAAUCAAUCAGGGGUCCACAACUGAAGAUGAACUGGUUUUGAGAAUGAAGACAAAGUUACAGGGGGGUGUACCAUUUAUGUGGGAAUUCCACUGUUCAGAAGGAGAAAAGCGCAUGGUUGGAUCACAGCUAGUCCAGCCAAUGCUUGCCAUGAUUGCCGAGUUAAACAGAUGGCAGGGAGAGCUCUGUAAGUUACUGAAGAAGAAGGAUCAGGAGAUCAUGGAUUACAAAGACUCAGGGGCAUGUUUGUCAAGAAAAAGCCUUGCAACACCUGAGUUCAAUGAAGAUACAUUCAAAAGUAAAAUGUUUCUCUCACAGGGUUUUGAGGAUGCUGUACAAGAUGCAGUUACACAAGGACUUGAUAAUGAUGCAUCUGAACUGUAUAAACAGGUUAUGAUAAAAACAGCAUGGCUAGCAGAGAAAGAUCUACCAGAGCCCGAGGAAGAUGUUGAAGAUGUGGAUGAUAUCUACGGAUCAGUUGCUGUAGGGGGUCCUAGUGCCCCUUCAUGGACUGACUUACCCCCACCGUCCCUGUUUGGAAAGGAAGAUGAACCCUUUACCACAUCCCCAAGGGUAUCUCCUAGGAAAACACCCGUCACGUCACCAGCAAAGUCGUCUGGGAUGUCAUCGCUCUCAGAUUCCCCUUCUAAGGAUAUGGAACUAGAGAGACGUGAAGCACUGCAAAAGAGACUAGCCGAAGAAGCCGAACGAAAGAAAAAGAAAAAACGCAAAGUUAAUUUAUGACAGACGCGCACUAGUCAAUGUUUUUAAAAUCAGACAGCAAGGGUCCAAAAGUUUAAAGCUCGGUCUUUGAUGCUGAUCCUUACACACGAAAAGAUGCGAGUAUUUGUAGCGGUUUUAUUUCAUCGCUUAAUACUUCGGAAACAACGGUUUGGAAAUAUUUCAAGACAACUAACGAAAAGCAAGAGCAUAGUUUAAAAGGGCGUAGGUACGAACUGGUUUGAGAGGGUCUAACAUUAUCGUUUAACCCCCUUCCCUUCCACCAACCCCUCUGCCUUCAGGAUAUACCCUGGAGCGACACGCCCUCUGCAGAAGUCUUUCUUUCGAAAUACAGACCUGCUGUAAUCAGCUACAGCAAUUUUUAACCGAGUGUCGUUUUGCUUCGCUAAUCUAUGUGAUUAAAAAAAAAAUUCGCUCUUCCCUCUCAACCAAUCAGAUGUUGUAAAAGUAAAAUCUAUAGUGACUGUCACCCACGUUUUCCCGCGCUUUUUUUCUUUGUUCUGAUUGGUCACUGGAGUUACUAUGGUUUUGGUUUUACGACACUCCAUUGAACAGCAGUUUUCAAACUGAACCUAAUAAAAACAACGAGCUAUUGGGAGAGGAUAA